UAACUGAUAUCGGGAACAGCUGUUCGUGCGAUACAUAUAUCGCAGAAAAAGCAAAACAAAGACACCGAUAGGGGAAAAGUUAACGCAAUUAAAAAGGCAAAUAAAACAAAGCAAAGCACACAAAAAUUGCAGAUAAUCGCGAAAACAUUGACAAACGUGAGUCAUUGGCCAGGGUAGAAAGAGCUUUCGUGUCAGUAUGGCGGACCCCGCAAAAGAAGCCGCACCACCAAGCUACGAAGAAGUAAUGAACGCCUCAUCGCAGGAUGCUCGCCUCAUUGCGGGCGUACAUCAUGGACCGCCAACGGCACCGCCCCCCAAUAUGCAUAUGCCCACGUACGGGGCCUUCGAGACGACGCCCGUGAGUGUGGUCAUCCAGCCGCCGCAGGUGGCCUUGCCCACGGAGAUCAUUGUGAUUGGCGGCUGUCCGUCCUGUCGCAUUGGCUACCUGGAGGACACCUUCUCGGCGCUGGGGCUGUGCUGUGCCAUCUUCUUCUUCCCGGUGGGCAUACUCUGCUGCCUGGCGAUGAAGGAGAAGCGGUGCACCAACUGCGGGGCAGUGUUCUAAGACCUCUGAAACCCUCACCUCCCAUUCGCAUCUGCAAUAUGGCAUUUAAAGUGCAAACACACAAAACGAUGAUGGAUGGAAUUCCCUGUUAACUCCUACAAAUAUGCUAUGACCUAUGACCUAUAUAUUCCUUAAACACACAGACACACACACACACAUUGGGACUGUAACUUUUUUUGAUAUCACAAAGAAAACUCUCGUACGUUUUAUUAUUGUUAAUCAUUAGACUAGAAAAUCAUUAAAUAUUGUAUGUACAUAAUAUGAAUCAUGAUUCCAUGAACGGUUAUAGAUUGCUCCAGAUGCCAGUCAUGUAUUAGUGUUGUAUAUAUAUAUGUGCAUAUGUUCGUGUCGUGUGCAUCCCCAUUAGCGACGUUGUCGAGCCGCGCUUCCGUUUAAAUCAAUUGAAAUAUAAUGGAGGGCGGUCUUGAAUUAUGCCGCGAAUUUUGCCAGCCAAACAGCACAACAGACGGAGCAGUGGAUUGAACGACGUAGAGGAUACCCUAAAGGCCUUAACACACAGCGAUUUGAUUAGUGGACUGUGAAUAGAUUGUUUAUCCUCUGUACAUAUGGCUAGAUCUAAUCCAAAUUAAUUGAAAUCCGAAAGAUUCUUGCAGCUUUAUCAAUAAAUCACAUGAUGAUUGUUACAUCCGAAA